AUGGGUUUACGAGAACCAGCUCGCGGCAUGCUUCUUUUCGGCCCUCCUGGCACUGGCAAGACGAUGCUUGCUCGGGCGGUCGCAACAGAGUCUCGAUCAACGUUUUUCUCAAUCUCCGCCAGCAGUCUCACGAGCAAGUAUCUCGGGGAGUCAGAAAAGCUGGUUCGCGCACUUUUCUCCCUGGCGAAGGAACUGGCCCCUAGUAUUAUCUUUGUCGAUGAGAUUGAUUCCCUCCUCUCCCAGAGAUCAGGUUCGGGCGAACACGAGGCAACGCGACGCAUCAAGACGGAAUUCCUGAUCCAGUGGAGCGACCUACAACGUGCAGCAGCCGGUAGGGCACCUGACGAGUUGGACAAGUCUCGUGGAGAUGCGAACCGUGUUCUGGUUCUUGCUGCUACUAAUCUCCCUUGGGCUAUCGACGAAGCUGCACGUCGACGUUUUGUUCGACGUCAAUACAUUCCCCUUCCUGAGCCAGAGACGAGGUCUACGCAGCUCAGAACGUUGCUAAGUCAGCAGAAACAUGGCUUGUCAGAUCAUGACGUCGAAGAAUUGGUCAAACUCACGGAUGGCUUUUCGGGCUCUGACAUCACUGCCCUAGCAAAAGACGCAGCGAUGGGUCCUCUAAGGUCGUUGGGCGAGGCACUCCUGCACAUGACGAUGGACGACAUUCGUCCUAUAUCUAUAAUUGACUUCAAGGCUAGCUUGACAAACAUUCGGCCUAGUGUCAGCAAGACUGGUCUUAAGGAGUACGAGGACUGGGCGCAGGAGUUCGGUGAACGGGGUGGGUGA